AAGGGAAAGAAUCAAAUUAAAACGCAACUCCAUAUCCUAAUUAAAUUAGGAUUACGUUGAUAUCAUCAUAUAUUUAUACGGUUGUAGUAGUAGUCCUGUAACAGAACUCUAAACCCUAAAUAUUUUCCAUUUUUUGCUCGUUGCCUUAAUUGCUUACGCCAUGGUUUGUUUCUCUAAUGAGAAACGAAAGAAGAAGAAGAAGACGGUAGAGAUUCCGGAUAUCACCAUUGACGAUAUCCACCAGAGAAACUUCAAGACUAACCCUUCUUGGCCUCGUAUGAAAUAUCUGGAAUCUGUCAUCAUGGUGGCAUUGGACAAGUAUGAAGAAGCAAAGAAUCAUGACGACCACGACGAUGUCGACGUUGACGACGAUGGUGAUCAGGAAAAGUAUUUCUUGAAGAAGAGAAAGUUGAUCUCGGAAAAGCUUUUGAAAAAGCCAAUGAUGGUGCCUACCCUCGACCCAACUCUUAAAUUCAAUAUAAAGAAUAGAAAAGCAGAAGACGAAGAAAAGUACUGUUUUGUCUCUCAAAAGGAGAAAUCCAAGAAAAGGGGCAUUGAUGUUUCAGAGAAAUACUGCCCUGAUCUUCCCCAGGAAUUUCGAGACAAGAUCAAGGAACUGAACUGUCCCAAGGAGGCGGUUUUUCUGAUUCAGAAGAGCUUGACUUCAACUGACGCAGCUAAGGAUCAAUCAAGGUUAUCAAUGCCGUUUGGACAGUUAAAGAAUAAUUUCUUGGAAAUCCAUGAGAAGAUACGGGCUAAUGCACGUCAUGGUUUGAAGGUGAAUAUGUUUAUUGAGCCAUCGGUUAAGGAGUCGGAGAUGGUGUUGAGGAGGUGGAAUAUGAAGAAGAAAAAGGGGAAGACAAGCUCAAUGUAUGCAAUGAUCAAUAAAUGGAAUGAAGUUAGGAAGAGGAAUGGUCUUGAGGCAGGAGACGUUAUUCAGGUGUGGGCGUUUAGGAACGUGGAGGAGGAACUUGGUCUUGCUCUGGUUAGGGUUUCAGGAGGAGGAGAAAACAGCGGUACUGGCGACGAUCGCAAUGGGAGAAGAUAGCAGUGCCAGUGAUGAUCAUGUUUGAGGGUUUUUGGUUGAAACGUGUAUGGUUGUAUGCAGGUUUCAUGUAUAUACAUAUAUGGGAAUGGAUUUUUUUGCCUCUCAUGUCGAUGGAAUUUCAAUCGUUUGUUUUGUUUUUUCUUUUUGAUCAGCCAAUCGUUUGAACAAAAAAGAAAGAAAAAAAAAACCACUAACAGCGAUGCUUUACACACCCCAAGCAUAUGCCUUAUUUGAGAUAUUUAAGAAAAUAAUGUCAACCAG